AUGACGUUCAGCAACAAUGUUCGUCUUUGGGACAAAGUGCGCCUCCAACGCAGCCAUAGCAGUAUCGUAGCCCGUUCCUGUGUUCGUAAGCGAGUAGAAAAGUCGCUGUCCUUCUGUCCCCAGGCAGAUCAAGAUGAAGCAAUCCAAGAACUGCUACAGGAAAAGCAAAUGCUUCACAAUGCCCACCUGAAGGAGAACUCUGAGAGGAGUCAAUCGGCCUUCAAGGCAAUUAAAGCGAAAGUUCAGAAGGAGAUUAGGGUGAUGAAGGACAACUGGUGGAGCAAGAAAGCAGAAGAGCUGAAGGCCUUAGCAGAUCGAAAUGAUAUGCAGGGACUCUUCUCUGCGCUGAGGGCCAUCUACGACCCAAGAAGCAGUAUGAUAGCACCAGUAAAAAUGGCAGAUGGAAGUAAGCUGUGUACUGACCUGAAAGAGAUCACGGAAAGAUGGAAAGAGCACUUCUGCACCCUCUCGAAUCAAGAAGGAUCAGCAGAUCCAAAUGCAUGCCGGUGGCUUAAAAGAAGGCUGAUAAGAGAAGACCUCUGUAAGCCGAGCACAAUGGCUGAGGUAGAGAAAGCACUUAAAGACACCAGAAACUUCAAAGAUGCUUUGAUUGUGACCAUCUACAAGAAGAAGGGUGAACAAAGUGAUUGCGGAAACCACCGUGGGAUCUCACUUCUGUUGAGUGCUGGAAAGGUCCUGGCUAAGAUCAUACUGAACUGGAUAAAGAUCCUUUCAGAAGAAGUGCUGACAACAAAGAUCAAGAUCUACAACACACCUGUUCUCCCAUCUGAACUAUAUUCCACUGAACGCAUGAUCCUGUAUCGCAAGCACAUCAAGAAGCUCACCAGCAUAAAACUUCAUCAUCUGCGAAAGCUGCUGCGAAUCAGAUGGGAAGAUAAGGUGCCUGAUGUGGAAAUAUUGAGACAUGCUGGUACUGUCAGUGUUGAAGCCCUUAUAACAGCCUCUCAGCGCAGAUGGGCUGGCCAUGGUCUGCAUCCUCCGGAGGGUGCAGCCUUCGCGGUCUACGAAGCCGAAUCCUCCGGAGGCUCUUGCGAAGAGGAGAUGCGCCCCCGUCAUAGCCGGCGGCUGAUUUAUAUCCGCCUGAGAGAGGACCGUGGAGAGGUCAUGGAGGAGAUCAGUGAUGUUGCUAUCCUUAUUGCACAUUCCUCCACUGCUUCCUCUACCGCCUCUGCCCCUCUAACCCCAGGUUCCCCCUCUCAGUCCCAAACCAGGCAAGCCAGUGAGGAGGAAGCCUCCCAUAGGUUACAGCAGAAACAGGCCGCUGACUCCCUCAUUCAGGUUAUCGAGAAACUCAGCAAGAUUGUGGAGAAGCGCCCGCAGCGCCGCUGCACUUUGGCAGGGCAGAAACGAGCUCCAGAGCAGGGCUCAGUUGGAGGAGGAGGGGGGCCAGGGGGGACAUGUGGGAGUAGGGGAGCCUUGGCCAGUAAGAAAAGCAGGAGGAACUGUAAAGAGGAUGAGAGGUUAGAGGAGGUACGAUUGGACACCUGGACUGUGGCCAAAGCUCUCUCUCCUCCAGCAUUGGAUGACAGCAAUAAUAAUAUAAACACUGCCACUCCCACCAAUGUACUGGAGAUAACCAGCAGUCCCAACGUUAGCAACCACAAAACACGGACAGUGACAUGCUAUCAGUGCAGCCUGUGUCGCCACCUCUCACCGACACUGUCUCUUUUGAGGAUGCAUCUGAGGCAGCAUGAUGAGCAACACAGUGACCUCAUCCUCAUGUGCUCCGAGUGUUGCUUUACCUCCCAGCAUCAAGGGGAACUGGAGGCACACAUUAGGCUUCACUUUGAUGAUGGAGGGACCUUGACAAAGAAUCCCCCUUUGGUGGAUCAUCACACUGCCAGUGAGGGAAAGGUAGGGUUAUUAAGACAAGGUGAUGGGGCUCGAGCUGGGUCUGGGGUUGUUGUUGAUGCUGAGGUCCUGAGAAGUUCAAUGGACAGCACUGUGGAGCUCCAGCAGAAGAAGAAAUGGUAUAGCUAUGAAGAGUAUGGAUUAUACCGCUGCUUAAUAUGCAGCUAUGUAUGCAGCCAGCAGCGGAUGCUUAAGACCCACGCAUGGAAACAUGCGGGCUUGGUCGACUGCUCAUACCCUAUCUUUGAGGAUGAAGAUGAGGCUUCCACCAGAAGAGAGGCUCAGGGGUCAGCAGGCAUCCCUACUAACACAACAACAGCCAAAGAAGAGGUUGUUGUUUUCUCUCCAGUCAUACAAGACAAAAGCCUUCACAGCAUACCUGCUACCUUCAAGCUCCAGCUCUGCACACCACUAGCUGUUGAAACCAAGGGGGAGGUGAUGAACCAGACAAUUGUUAAUCAUAAUGAAAGCCCAAGUAACACUGAGGAAGAUGAAGAGGGGACAUUCCCACUUAAAGGCCUGACCACUGAGGAGCCAAUUGUAGAAGUGCAAGUGACUACGGAGGCAGAGUCUGAGGUGGAGAUUGAUAGUCACCACAGUAAUACCUUGAUGGCAGACAGUCUUCUGUCAUCCGCACAGAAAAUUAUCAACAGUAGUCCAAAUAGCGCCGGUCACAUCAAUGUUAUUGUUGAACGGCUACCCACAGCUGAGGAUUCAGUAAUGGCCACCAGCCCCCUAAUACUUAGCCCAGACAUAGAUGAGGAUAAGAGCCAAGUAGAUGCAAAGGAAGAGGAGAUAGAGCAUGCUCUCCAGCAUCAGCCAGUGGGGUCAGACAGGGAGGUAAAGGAAGACAUGAUCAUUGACUGGAGCGAUGGCAACAGUAGUGAAAGACAAAAGUUAGGUACUGAUAUCAAACCCUUGACCACCAUAAACAGUGAACUCCCUCAUGAUGAAAACAUGCCCCCAGCUGGUCGCAGAAGGACUCACUCCGAGUCCCUCCGCUUGCACUCACUAGCUGCUGAGGCCUUGGUAACUAUGCCCAUGAGGACCCCUGAACUGCAUACCCCUACCACUAGUGCUUGCUGCUCGAACAUCAAGGCAAGUCUCAAGACUAUUGUAUCCCCAGGGCAGGGCCCAAACACAGGCCAGGGUCCCGUAGAGGUUACAUCCCCAGCAGCAAGGGCUUUUGAGAUAGGGACUGACACAGCUCUGGUAGACUUGACGCUCCAAAGCCAGGGCAGAGAAGAGGGACUGAAUUCCCUAGGAUUGGGUCUUGGAGUGGUUGAUGAGGAGGAGCCUGCCACCAAAGCUGGCAUUAGUUUGUCUCUGCUCACUGUCAUCGAGAGGCUUCGCGAGCGCUCUGAUCAGAAUGCCUCCGAUGAGGACAUUCUCAAAGAACUUCAGGAUAAUGCACAGUUCCAGAACAACACAGUGACGGAUGUAGUAGCAGAAAACGGGGCACGGGACGACAUGUGUGGGGUGGAUGGGGUGGUUGCUGCGCAUGACGGGGGUCUAGUGGACUACAUCCCUGGGAGUGAGAGGCCUUACCGUUGUCGCCUGUGUCGCUACAGCAGCGGUAACAAGGGCUACAUCAAACAGCACCUGCGGGUACACAGGCAGAGGCAGCCAUACCAGUGCCCCAUUUGUGAUCACAUUGCCACAGAUAGUAAGGACUUGGAGAGCCACAUGAUCCACCACUGCAAAACCCGGAUGUACCAGUGUAAGCAGUGCUCGGAUGCCUUCCAUUACAAGAGUCAGUUGAGAAUUCAUGAAAGAGAGCACCAUUGUACCAGCAAUGCCAUGGCAGCACUGGCGCCGGUCACUAAGACCAUGGCAAUUGCAGAGGAAGUGGAGCGAGUAACAGAUGAGGAAUACAGCGUGCCGAAGGUGUACAAGUGUGAUGUGUGUGAUUACACCAGCUCUACCUAUGUUGGGGUGAGGAACCACAGGCGGAUCCACAACUCUGACAAGCCUUACAGGUGCUGUAGCUGUGACUUCGCCACGACGAACAUGAACAGCCUCAAGAGUCACAUGAGAAGGCACCCUCAGGAGCACCAGGCUGUGCAGCUCUUGGAGCAGUACAGGUGUACUUUAUGUGGCUAUGUAUGCAGCCAUCCGCCAUCACUUAAGUCCCAUAUGUGGAAGCAUGCUGGAGACCAGAACUACAAUUAUGAGCAAGUCAACAAAGCUAUUAAUGAAGCCAUCUCCCAGAGCAGUCGUGCCCCUCAGAAGCCAUCAGCUGUCUUGGAGCCUGUGGCAGAGAGGCUUUCAGUGGCCCAGUCUUCCAAGGACAAAAUCAAAGGCCUGGUAGACCCACUGCCUGUACCCACACCAACCUCAGCAGCUGGGUUGGAAGUUGAUAGCUCAGUGGGCUUACCACUGCCCACCACUGACUCUUCACAAUGGCCCUCUGAAUCCUCAAACCCCUUGGCAAAGGACACAGUGCAGUCCCAGUCCCAGCUACAGUUUCAGCCUCAGGGUCGGCUGCGUACAGGCCCCACCCCAGGUGCCAGCAUGGAGUACUGUGUGCUUCUGUUUUGCUGCUGUAUUUGCGGCUUUGAGUCUACCAGUAAAGAGCGGUUGAUGGAACACAUGAAGGACCAUGAGGGAGAUAUUAUCAGCAUCAUACUCAACAAAGAGCAGCAGCAAACAGAACCACAACCUGGCCUCCAAACAGCAAAAGGCAGUGCCGCACAGUGAGACUGCAAUAUCUGCCAUUUAUCUCCCAUCUUAUAAUUUACACACCAAAUUCUAUGUUCUUGAAAGGAUGUACCGACCAAAAAAGGGAUUUCAUCAUAUUUCUUACCUCAAGAUGGUUCAACUGGGCAAUGAUAUCGUGGUACCAUUUUGAGUUGGCCUUAAUUGGCUUUUGGCAGUUCAUUUGCAGCUCUUUUUUCAGUGCAUUUGAUGGUCUGUUUCUCACUGUUUGCUGUAUAUGCAGUUAAAAGAGAACAACAUAGGGCUAUUGACCAUCAGGAAAAACAACUUAAUGGUGACUUUCAUUAGAUGAGCUAUGCCACGGUCCAAUUUUAACAUCUCUUGGUAAGAAAUGUUUUUCUCUUUUUAAGUGGCUUAUCCUUUUAAAUGAAUAUAUGCUAGAGAAGUGUUCUUUUUAAAAUAAGUAAUAAAAUCAACAAAGUCCACUUCUCUAUACUCACCUUUAUAGCUAGUGCAAAGAAAAUGUCCACCAUUUAUAUGAAGUAGGUGUGGCGUUAUCACUUGUUAAUCUAUAUGAGUUGAUUUGAUGUUUAAAAAGUAACGUAAUAUGUCAGUAGGGAAUGUAAUGUCAAGGGAAAAAAAGCAAGUUAAAUCCAAGUUUGUGUGCACAGAUGGUUUAAACCAGUUCAUACCUCACAAAACCAAACAAUCCCUCACCAAAAAUGGAAUAAUUUCCAUUUUUUCCCCCCGGUCUAAUUCAUACCUUGACCACAAGGCAGCUCUAGCAUUGCUACUGUAUUAUUUAAUCCCACACAGUUGAGGAUCUAGCCCAGUUAAAAAGGCACUCACACACACCCAAAUGUUUAGACUUACUGAUGCCAAAAGGCAUGUUUUCUUGUUUUAAUAUGAUUUGAUGUUUAUCAUUUUACUUCUAUGCAUGUCCGUUUCCAAUAUACCUAUUUUAACAGACAAACUAUUAUUGUUAUUACUAUAUAAUAUUUUGCAGUUAUUGCUUUUAUGUCACUGAAAAUUUUACUUGUUGGAGCUUCUUUUAGUCAAUGUUGAUGACAAGUUGUUUUAAAAAAACAGACUUAGGAAAAAAAAGAGGGUCUCUGGGCUACAUGGACAGAUAGAACUUUAUUUACACUGUAAUACAACAGAUGUCUGUCCGUUUAAUGGCAGCCUGUCGACUGAGAUACACAAGAGGAAAGUUUCUAAAGGGAAGUUUGGAAAGUUGUUAAA